CACGUGGUUUAAUCGGAGACAGACAGAGAUCCCAUUGUUCGCAAUCAAUAUAUAAAAAAAGAGGCAGCCGGGGCUUUUGGAGGGGGGGGGCAAGAAUUAGAUGCGGGAAGAUUCGGAACCUGUAUUCAGACGUACAUCUUGCAAGAGGAGGAUUCCAACCAGUCGGUAUUUCUGAUUGAAAGCUGGAGGGGGGAAAUAAGACGACCCAAGAAAGCUAAAGCGGGACGAUCCGGGGAGAUCGAAGGCGGGCGACCAGGAUGCCCAGGCGGAAAGCGACGGCGGCUUCUUCAGCCACCUGGGACGGUGCCGGCAACGGGACCGGAGGCACGCGCAAGCGGUCCACCCUGCCUCGUGGGGCGCCCCCUCCGGGGAAGAAGAAGGCCCGGGACGGAGGGGGCAGCGGCAGCAGCAACGGGGGUGGCGGCAGCAGCGGGGACGAGCAGGACGGGCUGGCGCUGCCGCCUCCCCCCGUGGCGGCAGGAGGGGGCAAGAAGCCAAGCCGGGCAGGAGGAGGACGGGGCGCUGGGGAGCAGCCCCCCCAAAACCAGGAGUCUCCGCAGGCUGCCGUGGUGGUCAGUGAGCCGGAACACAGCAAGGAACGCAUUAAGCUUGAAGGAUCCAAGUUCAAAGGGCAGCUUCUGAUAUUUGGAGCCACCAACUGGGACUUGAUUGGCCGUAAGGAAGUGCCUAAGCAGCAAGCCGCCUACAGGAACCUGGGCCAGAAUUUGUGGGGCCCCCACAGGUACGGCUCCCUCUCGGGGGUCCAAGUUCGGACGGUGGUCUCUGGGCCAUGCGCCGCUCACAGCCUGCUCAUCACCACCGAGGGAAAACUUUGGAGCUGGGGGCGUAACGACAAAGGGCAGCUGGGCCACGGGGACACCAAGCGCGUGGACGCCCCAAAGGCCAUCGAAGUGCUCUGCAGCGAAACCGUCGUCUCGGCAGCCUGCGGCCGCAACCACACGCUAGCCCUGACAGAGAGCGGUUCUGUAUUUGCCUUUGGAGAGAACAAGAUGGGUCAGUUGGGCCUGGGCAAUCAGACUGACGCCGUUCCCAGCCCCACACAGAUCAUGUACAACGGGCAGCCGAUUACAAAGGUGGCGUGUGGGGCCGAGUUCAGCAUGGCAAUGGACUGCAAAGGGAACUUGUAUUCUUUUGGAUGCCCCGAAUAUGGACAGCUGGGGCACAAUUCUGAUGGAAAGUUCAUCGCCCGAGCCCAGAGGAUAGAGUAUGACUGCGAGCUGGUUCCCCGCCGUGUCGCCAUCUUCAUCGAGAAGACGAAAGAUGGCCAGAUCCUGCCGGUGCCAAAUGUUGUGGUGAGGGACGUUGCUUGCGGGGCAAAUCAUACGCUCGUCUUGGACUCUCAGAAACGCGUCUUCUCCUGGGGUUUUGGGGGCUAUGGCCGCCUGGGCCACGCCGAGCAGAGGGACGAGAUGGUGCCCCGACUAGUGAAGCUUUUCGACUUCCCCGGCCGUGGGGCGGCGCAGAUCUACGCAGGCUACACCUGCUCCUUCGCCAUUAGCGAAACAGGAGGCCUGUUUUUCUGGGGAGCCACAAACACCUCCCGGGAGUCCACAAUGUACCCCAAAACUGUGCAGGAUCUAUGCGGCUGGAAAAUCCGCAGUCUGGCUUGUGGGAAGAGCAGUAUAAUAGUGGCUGCAGAUGAGAGCACAAUCAGUUGGGGCCCGUCUCCGACCUUUGGAGAACUGGUAAGGAGGGCAGACGCAGCUGCUGCGAAAGGCCCACAUCUGGGGGAGGGAAGAAGGAAGGAAGGCUUUUCCAUUGCCGCUUGGUUUGGCCAGGGCUACGGGGACCACAAGCCGAAGUCCUCAACUGCAGCUCAGGAGGUGAAGACUUUGGAUGGCAUCUACACAGAACAGGUGGCGAUGGGCUAUGCCCACUCCCUGGCGAUUGCCCGCGACGAGAGCGAGGCCGAGAAUGAGAAGCUGAAGAAGCUGCCAGAGUACAACCCGCGCACUCUCUGACCCACGCGGGGGCCUCUUCCUCCUCCUCCCCGCCGCCCCACACCCACCGACAAGGCAGUCGCUGCUCCCGUCGUAUGCAAUGGGGACAUGGGAUCCGUACGCGAUGGGGAGAUUGCAGGCACUGGCACUCGUCUCCUUAGACUACCCAAGAUUUCGUAUUUGAUAAGCAUUUUGAAGCUUCCAGCUACCUGUUAACUUUGACUUCCCUGCCCACCCUGCCCUUUCCCCUAAGACAGGUUGCUUUGUAUUUUGGUUUCUUUGGUGGGGGGGCAUGGAGGUGGGACAUUACAUCAAGAAAGAUCUUCUUUUGAAAUUUGAUGAAAAUGGCAGGACUGUUUGUCCAAAUUUGCCCUUUUUUUCUGUUUUCCUUUCCCAUAGCCGAUAUUUUGUUAAGCGGCAGACCAGUAACCAGCAUUUUGAGAAGGGUGAAGGCUAACCCUUCUUUUUCCCCCCUACAGCUGGAAACUAUUUCCUCCUUUGUGGAAGGGACCAUCUUUCUUGUAUAUAUAUUUUUUGUUCCCAAGAAACCUCGAGGUCUCUGUAAGAAGGCUGUCCUUAAAGUAUCUCAGAUUUUUUUUUAAAAAGGGUGCCUGCUGCACUACAGAUUUCCUCAAGCUCGAGGCUUCUGCAAAAGGUUUUUUUCUUUCUUAAUUACGUAGAUUUUUCUGUUGAUGAGGUGCCUCCCGUACUGCAGAUAUCCAGAAGCUCCCCACCUGCUAAAACGGGGGAGUGGGGAACCCUCUGAUGGUGUUGCGGAACUGCAACUCCCAUCAGCCCAAGCCAGCAUGGCCAGUGGCCAGAAGCGAUGGGAAUUGUAGUCAAGAAUUCGAAAAGGCACCUCAGCUGACUGCUCCUGUUUGGGGAGUGUUAUAAAUACCAGGCCAGUCCACCACAUGGGGGCGCUGUCAGAUUCAGCAGCCUCCUAGCGAAUGGUUGAAUUCAUUUGCAGAGCCCCAGGAAUAUUGGGGGGGGGGAGAGAAGCAGGACGAUCGACCCUUGGUUUGAAUUGGGGGGGGCACUCCCUUUUGUUUUGUUGAUAGAGAAUUUAAAUUCCUGAUUCAGCUACUUGGAUGGAAGGAAUCUCCUUCCUUCUCCCACUCCACUAUUUCCACUCUUAACCAAAUUCCACAUGAGCCUCAUGGAUCCUUCUGGCAAGGGAGAGGGAGUUUAUCCCCCCCCCUCCAAAAAAAAUCAGGGCCACGCUUGCAGCUGGUGCAAGUUGCAAGGGUGUCCCUCAUGUACAUUGCAAAUACCCAUAGGCUUCCCCCCCUCAUUUAAAAUGGCUACAGUUCCAGGUUUUAGGCGCCUUGGGUGGGGUGGGCGCCUUUUCACAGUUAUGCAAAGGUGCUUUGGGACGACUUAAAAGAACCGCUCAGCCUCCUCAAUGAAAUAUUAGUUGGCCCCCGGAUUCCUGUUGCAAGUCUAUUAGUUCCUUCUCCCUUCUGCGCCCGUGUGUUGUGUUGGAGAAAUUUUGGUGCCUUUGAAACAGAACUUGCCUCCUCUCUGUCCCAGCAUGAACUCCCUUUUUUCCUAGCAGUAGGUCCCCUCUUCUCCCCCCCCUUCCUUCCUUGAAUCUGCUAGCUCUGUUUUUUUUUUUGGGGGGGGGUGUCCUCCCAGACGGGCGACGUUAGCCCCAUACCACGUUAACAUUUGCAGGUUCAGAGUUCUUGAAAAGGUUGGGGGCUUUUCCGGGAUGCUGGGUUAGAGGGAGCAACCCUAAAGUUUUUGCUUUGUUUUGUUUUUGGGGGGAGGGUGGGGAAGAAAUAGGGGCUGUACAUUGCAUUAUUAUUUGUCUUUUUUAUUUUAGGGGGAAAAAAUUGGAUCUAAACCUACACCUGAAGCGUUUGCUUUUGUCUCCAUUCCUGUUUGUUUGUCUGUCUAGUCAAGUUACGUACCUCAUCCAGAAGAGAUUUUCUUUUAUGGCCUUUUUCUCCUGCGCAAAAAAGUGGUUCCGUUUCUGGAGCUGCAGGGAUGUGUGUGGUACAUGAGGACAUUUAGAGGAGAAACCUAACUGGAACAGAACUUUGGAGAUAACUUAUUUGCAAUGGCGGCGGGGGGGGGGGAGAGAAAGAGGAAACAGACCCUCCCUCUGCAGCAAUGAGUGACAUUAUUCUGUUUUUUUUUAAAUAAAAAAAACAGGCUUUUUGUUUCCGGACCUAGACAGUUCAACUGUUCUAGUGUCUUCCCCUCUUCUCCCCACUCUCUCUUCAUUGUGGAGGAAGGGCUCAGAAAUAAAUAAUUUUGGGUUUAAAUCUGGUGGGAUAAGUUCCUAGCCUAGUCAUGUAACUCCUCUUGGGGGUUUUUUAUAUAUAUUUCUCAAAAUAAAUGUUUAAAUAAAUGA